UUUUUGGUGUUUUUUUACUCUCCAUUUUUGGAUGUAAAUUAAAUGGCCUUUCUUGGUCAGCUCUGGCCUCCUUUUUCGUUGUGUAUCUUGUUGAUUAUGAUACCAAUCAUGGCAAGAUCCGCCAUGAACGACACUGAGGCUUUGCUUAGAAUCAAACAAUCUUUAAACAACCCCAUUUCUCUUGAUUCCUGGAAGCCCGGAACAAGACCUUGCGACGAAACCAUCAGAUGGGUCGGGCUUGUUUGUGGCAAUGGGAUCGUUACUACCCUUCGUUUAAAAUCACUCAAUUUAUCAGGUGAAAUAGACAUUUUCGCCCUUUCACAAUUGCAAGGCUUAAGGGUCAUUAACAUUGUAAACAAUGCAUUUUCUGGCCCUAUCCCCGAAUUCAAUAAACUUGGAGCUUUGAAAGCUAUUUACUUGUCAAUGAACCAGUUUUCUGGUGAAAUUCCUUCAGGUUACUUCGCCCAAAUGGUGUCCUUAAAGAAAAUAUGGUUUGACAACAACAAUUUCUCCGGUCCGAUUCCUUCUUCCUUGGCUCAGCUCCCUCGUCUAUUGGAAUUGCAUCUCAAUGAUAACAAGUUUUCGGGUCUAAUUCCAUUAAUUGGACAGCCAACUUUGGAGUCACUUGACCUUUCAAAUAAUGAUCUAACAGGGGACAUUCCUUCUAGUUUAUCAAGAUUUGAUGUGGCCUUAUUUGAUGGGAAUCCCGGGCUUUGUGGGCCAAAACUUCGUAAGCUAUGUGUCAACGUGAAGCAGACUCCUAAAGGACCUAAACCACCAUCGAAGCCCCCGCCUCCCGAGUCUUUAAAGAUAGCUUACAUGCUCAUGGCUCUCUCUGCUUUCAUUCUUGUGGCAAUGUUAAUUGCAAUCUACGUGUUGGUGCAAAAGAGGAAGAAAGAAGAAGCUGAUCUGAUGUGCUUAGAGAAGCGAACCAGUGAUGGUUCGUUUGAUUUGGAUAUAUCUAGUGUUAGCCCAAAGGAAGAUGACUACUUAACCCAAGAAAACAUAUCAUCUCCUAAAAAGACCAAGGGUGGUGGUGGUGGUGGCGGUGGCGAUCUUAUGUUGUUGAACAAAGGCACCGUUGCAUUUGGGUUGUCGGAUUUAAUGAAAGCCGGUGCAGAGGUUCUUGGGAAUGGAUCGUUAGGGUCUUCGUAUAAAGCUAAGUUGUCAAACGAUUUGGUUUUAGUGGUUAAAAGGUUGAAAGUGAUAAAUAAGAUGAGUAAAGACGGAUUCCAAGUCGAGAUGAGUCGACUUGGAAGACUCGAGCACCCGAAUGUGUUGGCACCACUCGCGUGUCAUUUUCAGAAGAAAGAGAAACUCGCCAUCUACGAGUACAUUCCUAAAGGCAGUUUACUUUAUUUGUUGCAUGGUGAUCGAGGGGAGAGUCAUGCGGAGCUUAAUUGGGCGGCUCGAUUAAAAAUCAUCAAAGGUGUGGCGCUGGGAAUGGGUUACAUCCACAGAGAACUAUCGAUGCUAGCGUUACCUCACGGAAAUUUGAAAUCGAGCAAUGUCCUUCUUGGGCCUAAUAACGACCCACUAGUAGUAGAUUACGGUCUAAUCAAUAUUAUCGAUGCUAGUCACGCAGCAAACGUGUUAACGGGGUACAAAGCCCCCGAAGCAGUACAGAAUCAUUCGAUUUCACACAAAUGUGACGUGUAUAGUCUAGGAAUCAUAAUUCUAGAAAUUCUAACGGGCAAAUUUCCAUCUCAGUACCAUAACAAAGGCCAAGGUGGGACAGAUGUGGUAGAGUGGGUAAAAUCUGCUAUAUCGGAGCAAAGAGAGGUGGAGUUGUUGGAUCCAGAGAUCACGGGGCACACGACUUCAUUAGGCGAAAUGCAAAGGUUAUUGCAGAUCGGCGCAGAAUGUACCCAGAGCGAUCCAGAUGACCGGAUAGACAUUAGAGAGGCAAUUAGAAGAAUAGAAGAGAUUAGGAUUUAAUCAGGGAUCACAUAGAGUCAGACGGUGCGCCAACCGGAAGAUGGAUCUAUCGAACCGCAGCUGAAAACAAGGAGUUUUCAGAGGGAUAUGGACCGAAGAAGAACAGAAGAAGAAGAAGAAGCAAAGAGGUGUCCACAGGGAGGGACAGUUUGUAAGAGUUGUUUAUUAAUAACCAAACAGGUUUAAUUAUCAAUCCCAAAUAUCCCUAAAACGGCAUCUUCUUGUCGGCCCAACUCACCAUCUCAUUGCUUCAUGGAAACCAACAAUGAGAUGAUGCACAUUAAUAAAUUGUUGGUUUUUUGUUC